CCGGAGCGACGACGACCUGCCGCUCGACCCGUUCCUCAUCGACGACCCGCGCGUGUUGCCGCGCGAGAAGCUCUCGGUCCGCUCCGACGGCAGCUUCUACAAGGAGAUCAAGCGAGCGCUCGGCUCGCGGACGUCCAGCCAGGAGUCGAGGAGCGAAAUUUACGAUUCGAAGUUAUCGAAGAGCAGCGCGGAAUCCAGCAAGAAAUCUCGCGACAGCGUGUACCAUACGGACAGUAAGAAAUCUCGCGAAACGCUCAAAAGUAAGAGCUCCGACCGCUCCGGCUCGAGGACGUCGAGUCAAGACUCGAAAUCGGAUUACUACGAUUGUAAAAAGAAUUUAUACGAACCCGACGAGAUAGGGCUGCGUCGGCGUAGCAUUACGAGUGUCCAGAACGCGUACAUCGAUCCGUUCGAGCCGAUAUCGCCGUCUUCUAGUCCCGAUUCUGCUAAAGAUUUCUAUGACACGCAGUCUACGUUCAUAGGCAUGGAGAAACCCGAGUACGGUGAAAAUGUUAGAACCUUAUUUGAUAAGUCGCACGAGGAUUUGAUAGCUAAUCUCAUUAACUCGCCUAAUUACUAUCACAUACCUACUCCGUACUCGACGUUUCCCAGCAACACCAAGCAUAAGGAACCAAGUCCGAUGCAUUCUGCUAGUUUGCAAAAUGUGGAAUUGGACUCGUACGCUCACUAUUCAGACAUAAGUCCUCCUAAGAAAGUAGAUGAAAUAUCUACUGAGGAGGAGGAAAUGCAUCCACAAACUACACACAUAUGGCCCGAGAAAAUAGCUGGCCUCGAUACAGAAAUCGAAAGUAGUAGAGCGGCAAAAAUGCAUAGCUAUCAAAGACGUCGUUCUUCUGACACUGUGUUCAGUUUCGACAAAGAAAAGAUAGAAUCUCUCACACGUUCGACGAGCAAAGAGAAUGCUCCAAAUUCUCACCUCGUAAAGGAAUCUUCUAAUGAAUCUGACGUGAACGUGCGUGUUCUACCCGCCAUGGACAGUAUCGAGUACACGAAAAACAAAGUGAAUAAAGCCGCCUUACAGUCCGGCACUCCACCGAUACUGCAGUCAGAGUUUGAUAAAAAUAUGCGAGGGAAAGUCCACACUCACAUUGUGCGGAAAGAAAGCUUGAAAGAGGAAUUGAUGGCAAAAACACACUUUGAUGAAUAUAAUCCGAAGCUUAUUCUGGAUACUAGCUCCAGUAGCCGUUUGGCGGACACCGCUGUUCCAUACACCCACCCUACUGUGGAAAGGACUAAAAGUGAUCCGAAUAGUCUUGCCAAUCGGCCGCGCUUCAGUAGUGUCAAUUCACGUAGACACGUCUUGAUGCAUCAAAAGUCAAUCGAUUUAACUCCAGCAGAAUCAAGUGACGAAGACUACAUAUUCCGUCAGAUUCCUAGCGCUCCACCGAUCGCAACUAAACGGUCUCACUUUGAGUUGCCUUCAAGGCUCCCAGAUCAUGUGCGUCCACCUUUCGAUUUACCAAAGAAUUACUUUAAAGAAUUCGACGCGUUCAAAGCUGGAUUCAAAGAUAACAAAAAGGUUGUCGAUGACGGUUAUGACAUACCAUACGUAUUGCAUAAAAGGCACGUUAUGAAUGGAACGGCCCCGUCUCCAAACGACGACAAGAGACAGCCACCUGAUAUUAUAAUGCUUCCGCCUCAGAAUGGCCGCCACAUUGUCAGCGCGCACCCUAGGUGCAAGUAUCACGAUCAUCCGAAGUCACCUCGGUCUCCAAAGUCACCGAAGUCGCCUAAAUCUCCAAAAUCACCAAAGUCGCCCAAAUCUCCGAAAUCGCCAAAGUCGCCCAAAUCGCCAAAAUCGCCAAGAAACAGUAUCCAAGUUGAACAUAGUUCCAAAUUCUUGGAAGUUGAGAGUCGUGACUUCCUGUUCACGCAAAAUAUAGACUUGUCUAAGGUGGAUCCGAUUACAUUAGAAGUCGAUAAGAGUGGACAGAUGCAACACAUGCCGAGUCCUAAGCGGGAUAUCACUAAAAAUCUUGAUCCGGUUUUGCUUGAAACUCUGAAUUCUAAACUCAGCCAGAUAGAAAGCGACUCGGCUACGAGCUCCAAAACUGACAGCAUCAGACAGGAACCUCAGUAUCCACAUGAUAUUAAGUUCACUAUUAACGGUCGUAACGUGCAACAACCGCCAAUAGGUAAAGAACAAAAGUCAAUGACAGCUGCGGAAAAACUUCGCGCUGAUAUCAAAUUGAAAUCUGAAAAACUGCCUCCAAAGAGAGGUCCAAAAGGUCGAGGUACUGGGAAAAAAGGGACCGGUGGUAAAAUAAAAACGAAGAAUAGUAAUAAGAUUCGAAUUACGUCUUUUUCAUCUGACGAUGAGAGUGUGGAUUCAGAUGAUGUUUUCGGUACAACUGAAGCUGCUCCAAAAUUGGAGUUUUCACCCCCGCAAUCUCGAAAAGAGUUAGAACCUAUACUUCAGCAUGAGUAUGAUAAAAUUACAUCGGGAGCAUGGCAUCGUGGUCAAACUAUGAGUUCGACUGAGAUAGAAGGGUCACCGCCUCAGUGUCGUAAAUUAGUAGAACUUGAAGCUAAAUAUAAUCCUCAAAUACUUGACAGUGUCAGUGGGAAUGCGACCGAGUUGCGACGUAUAUCUGAACGUUCAAUUUCAAUUCCGAGCUCUGAAGAUGAUGUUGCAAUUAAAAACGUUCCAGAAAUUAAACAAGUCAGUAAAGAGAGUUCUACAUGGGAGUAUAACGAUAACAUCCCCUCUCCAAUAUUAGAGAGUACUGAAUUUCUCAAAUCAGAUGACGAACAUUUAGCUGACAUGGAAAUUCAGAAAGUUACUGGAAUACGUAUACAAUCGGAGGAGAAGAGCGAAGCUUCAAAAGAUGACAAGAAAGAUAAGCUUGAUAUCAAAAAGAGUUUACGCGAUGAAUUGAUUUCGCCGAUGCUACGUAAGCCUGGCGGAACACCUAUUCUUUUCGCACAUGCUCGGUUGAACUUAUCAGAGGGCUCAGUAUUUUCUUUGCAAAGACAAAAAGCAACUCAGAAUUCUCCAACAGCUAGUCGCAGAGCUAAAAGCUUGGACACGCCUGUCAUUCAAUUACACAGGCUCCCGCCUAUGAACGCGUUUUCUUCUAAAGAUGAUACCGUUGAAGAUAUAAACGAAGAAGGUGAAAUACUGGAAGAAAAACCUCUGAUCGACGACAAAAACAAAAUGCCAACUGUGAAAAAAGAUACAAUUGAAAAGAUUGAAGAAGUUGAAGAAGAGUCUCAGCAAGCAGAGCAAGCUGAAGAAAUGAAAUCUGUUGUUAUAGAUCAGGAAGAGUUGCAACUGUUAGAAGAUUUAGUAGCUCAGCGACGGCCGAGGUCUUUCAAACGUAGAUAUGAUCUCACUAAAUUGUCAUCUCAAGCCAAGUCACCGUCUCGAUCGCCAAUGAGUAAAUCGCCUUUAUCGAGAUCACCGAUAUCUAAAUCGCCUUCAAGAUCUCCAACGUCUUCUUUGAACUCACCUAGAGGAAGUAUCAGGAAAUUAUCAGACCUUAGUGAAGAUCAGAUAGUGCCCGAUAUUGAGAGAAUUAAGCGUAAAGAAAAGAAGAAACUUACUCUCAAGCCUAAACCAGAUGAGAAAUCUAAAGGCACAAGCAAAUUAAAUAAGGGAGGUUCACUAGAUACUAAUGCCACGAAAGUUAAAGCUUUACAAACGCAAAAAUCUUUGCCUUCAUCACUCAAAGAACGACCUGACUUUUUGACUGUGCCUCCUCUUGAUAUUGCGCGUGCCAAGAGUCAAGAGCUGGAACAAAUCUCAAAGAAAGUUUCCAGAGAGAAAUCGAAGUCGUUAGAAAAAAUGGACAUAAAACGAGGAGGUAGCAAAGAAAGAACUAAAUCGCAAGAAGACAGCGAUACUGAAAUUGCCAAACGAAAGGAGAAGCAACAAAUGCUCUUUGAAGCGGCUUUGAAACAGACAAAGACACUUAUAAGUCCAGUUAAAGAUACUAUGCCGCCAUUCCCACCACCAGAAGACAAAAUUCUGGUUAAGACCGAAGGGGACAAAAUAAUAAUUGAAACAAAAAUUAAUAGCAAGGCUGAAGACCACGUUUUUAUUGCAAAAUCACCUAAAAAGCUCGACAAUAAAUUAACUGGCAAGAUCAGCAGAAGCUUUGAAGAUCAAAAGACAUCUAAAACUAAUAACAAAAUAAAUAAGAGUAUGGAUGAUAAAUCAAGCCAAUCUCUAGAAGAUAAGUUUGAUGAUCUAGCUGCCUUGCAAAAAUCACCGAAAACUUUAUCUAAAAAGCAAGAAAUAAAGCAACAAAUUGAGGGUAAAGUUGUUUAUCAGAAAAUGUCACCGAGUGCCAAGUCUAAGAGCUUAGACAGAAAGGCUGAAAUUCAUCUCGAUUCAAAGACAAAGUCGAAAAGUUUGGAUAGAAAUUAUGUUACGCCUACAUCGGCUUUGGCAGAAGGUUCAGACAAGCAUUUCAAACAGGAAACUGUUAAAGUUGAUGUUCAUCCUGUAGUACAAGAAGAAGUUGAAAAAGAAAAGGCAAUCGAGCAAGAAACUAAAGAUGUUUCUCCGUCUCAUAGCUACAAAGAAAGAACAGAAGAUGAUUCGUCUAUGGAAUGGAUGACUAAUUCGCAAAAUACUGUUAUUGAAAAUGAUACACAGACCGUUAUUAUAGAACGCCGUAAAAUGGAUAUUUACAAUAAGCAGAGAGAAUUGCAGGAAAGUAGAAGUAAUCAGGAUGUUCAUGAAUUGGUCAAGUCAGAAAGAAAACCAGAAGUCGCUCGGUUGACCAGUGAAGAGGAAUCGUUGACUGAGGUAAGCGAACUCAAAAUGUCUGACGAAAGCAAUAUGUUAGGUAUCUCUUUACCUUAUAUCGACGCUGAUAGUUCGUCUGAUCAAGAUCAAGGAUCGAAAAAGGAUAAGAAAACUAAAUUAUCGCGCGGCCGCAGUGACGACACUGGGUCCUGGGUAGAUUAUGAGGAAUAUACUGUUGAAACUGAUUUGGCUUUGUCUGACACAAGUAACAAAACCGGCAAAGGCCGAAAAGCUCUUGAUACCCAAGGCACGUUUGAUGAAUCUUCCGCAAGCUUAGUGGAGUUCUUGAAACAAGAAUCGAUGUCACAAGUGUUUUCUGAAAGUGAAACCGACCGUGAAGGUAAAGUAUACAGAGAUCCAUCAAAAACUACAGACCUGACUCUCAAAUGGAAAAAUAAAAAUAAAAUUAUUGUCACUCCGCCGCAAGAAAACAGCCCUACUAUUGAGAAUAUACCAUUUAUAGAUUCGAGCACUUCAAAAUCAACUAAUAAAUCUGAAUCUGGUGAACAUACUGGUAGUUCUGGUAGCGAUAAGUCUCCCACUGAGCAAAAACCGGAUCAGAAAGCUCUACUUACAGCUAAAUUAAGGCGCAAUGAGUUAUUAAAACUAAGCGCUGAACGGUCAAGAAGCUCGGAGUCUACUUCUUGGACCAGUAUUGAGAAAGACGUGAGUCCUUCCAGCGCAAAUAUUAAAGGAAGCUCCAUUGAUGAUGAAUCCAGUGUGAGCUGUUCUAUUGCUAGACCGUUGGGCAUAUCACAAGAUAUAGAAAAAUUAAAUAAGAAAGACAGGGAAUGCUUGGAAGAAUUGAAACAAGCUAUGGAAUACGGCGAAGAACAUUUACUGUCGCAACAUACGUUAUCCAGUGAUCAUUCCAAAUCAAAUUCAAAAUCACCAUCACCAAUUCCAGAACUUACACGUAUUGAAAGUCCUCGUAGCCCGUCUAAAUAUGGCGCAAGAAAAUCGCCGACUCCUACCUUGGAAAAACAAGGGCAGGUUGAUUCACAAAAGGCACCAACUGAUUCAGAUUCUAGUUCUGAGAGCAUCGAUAAAACUGUCGAACGAUUAUCUCGACCGAGAAAAAGUGGAUUGGAUAAAAUAGGAAAGUGUGUAAUUGAGGAAUCUGAGUCAAGUCAGUCGGCUGCUUCUAAAACAUCAGACUUGAAAAAAGAGUUACAAAAGACAGUAAAGAAAACUAAAAUUGCCAUCACAAUAUCACAAGAAGAUCAAAACACAACUAUCGACUUUGACGAUGAUGGUAAUGUCAUAACUUCGUCAUUUGAACGCGAAUUAAUGAAGAAAAGAUCCCUUAAAGAUACUGAUCAAAAAAGUUCAUCUAAAUCCAGUAUGGAUACGACGACAACGACAACUCCAUCGAAAGGAUCGCUGAGCGUUGAUGACUCAUCUUCGAGAAGAAGGCGACUUGAUGAUCAAAAAAGUUCUUCUAAAUCUAGUAUGGAUUCAAGGGGCUCUCUCAGCGUGGAAUCACGAGGAUCGUUUGAAACUACAGAAUCUACAUCAGGUUCACUGGGCGAGGCUUAUCGUCGUGGUGAAGAAUUGAAACCAACAUGGCGGCCAUUCUUUGGUGCUUCGGGAAGUGAGAAUAGUACAAGUAUAGAAGAAGCAUGGAUACCGCAAGACCACGAAGGUUAUGAAAGCAUGGCUCUAAACAAAGAAGUAUUCGAUCAGAGGUUACUUGAUGACUUCCAAACAUUUUCGAAAAAUCCGCCUCUAUCGUCCAAUACUUCUAAAGAUUCUACAGAAGCUGAUUUUACUGACGAUCUUAAUGAUUUUCCAGUGAAUUUCUUGUAUCCUGCUACUUCUUCUACAUCAUCUGAUGUAGUUAUCGGGUAUGGCCAAAACUUUGGUCGCACGUUAUCCAGAAUUUCUGAGCGUAGUACUGCGUCUGAAAAAACUAGUGCGGAUGAAGAUUCGACGAAAGCUUGCUCUCGGUCUGAAAGUAUAAACGAGGAAUCGCUGAAUUCUAGCGACCAUCAAGCUAGUUUGAGUUCUGAUCCUCCAAGCAAUGCUAAUGUUGCGUAUAUCUCGGAUACUGAUAGAAGAACAUCAGCAGAAAUGCCUGACAUUCCAAUAGAUCAAACGAAAAUAAGUGAGAUGUACGCUGAAACCAAGAAAGACGUAAAUAGAGACUCUUUGGAGCCCAAAAAAGAGUCAAAAACUUCUCAUAAACCGCCAACUAAGCAGUCAUCUGCAAGUGAGAGUCAAGAUUCAGAAGAUUGGCCUCUCCCUGAGUUGCCUCCACAGGUUGCUAUCAAGCACGGUAGUGAUGGCAGGCGUGACUCCGGCAGUGAGCAUUGGCCACCUCUGCCGCCGAACUUAUUGGAGACACCUAUUAUUGAAAAAGUACAUAUUUAUUACAUGAGUAAUGAACCAGAGCAGGCUACCAAGGUCACAUUACAGUCUGAAAGCUCCAAGGGUCAUAUAGGAUCUGAUGAUGAUAGUGAUACUUUGAAUAACGAUGAUGAUUUAGAAAAAGAUAUUCCGGAAUCAAAAUCUGAAAAGUCAACCGAACACAGUGAUUUAUCUUCACCGAAAAAUAUUAAAGUCAUACCUUACGAUCAGUCCAGUUACAUGGUGGAACCUUUAGACAAGCAUGAUGAAUCGGCGUGUCAUAAAGGGGUAGUGCCAAGUUAUGAUAAGUCUUGCUUGAGUGGAACCAUCAGCAAAGCAACUUGUCUUAUGGGGGAUAUGGGGGCUUGUUGCACGCGUUCCGAGCAUAAAUCCUUCGCCAUAAAGAGUAACUUGGAAGAUAAAGUUAUCAUAAAUCAACCACAAAAGUCUCCCACAAAUCAUAGUCCUGUUUUCGAAGACGAUCAUUUAUAUGCGGAUGACGUUUUCGGAGGCGACAGUAAGUCGCUAUCGCCCGAUUUUGAUAAAGGCUUCUCACAACUAGGUACUCAAAAGUACUCAUAUGGGUCAAAUAAUUCUGAUACAUCUAUUGAUGAUUUGCUAUCACAAUCGCAAACGAAUGCCGACGACACAGUACGGGCCGUGACUAAACUUAGUACUGGUAGCGCUGGCACCUGUAAAAGAUGUAGUCAUAGUAGUCAUUCGGAGGAAGAAACCAGUUCGUUUGGUACUGAUUUAGAUGGGACUGUAAAAAUAGGUUUGCCUCCAAAGAAAUGCACUCAUAGCUCCCAUUCAGAAGAUACUUCUAUAUGUCUAAGCAUAUCAGAGUGGUCCACUGGAACUAACACUGUUCGCCAAUACGCGAAUCUUUCAGCUUCAGAGAGUAUUUCAGCUGUAUCCGUUCCUAAAAGUGAGAAAUCUGAUAAUGUUUCUGGGAAAGUGUACACAUCUUCUCGUGCGAGCAAAAAAUCUGAACAAAAGCCGAAAAUCAGUUCUCAAGGUGAAAUGAGUUCCAAAAGCAGCAGUUUAGAUAAAAGCUCUGAAAACAUAAAGUAUGAUAAAUUGUGUAGCUCGGAAACAACUAUAUCAAGAAAAGGUAUAGACAGUAGUUCAGGGACCAAGAGUGACAGCACUCUAACACUGGCUCAAUCCAUAUCAGAUUGGUCAGCUAGUACCAGUCAUACACUUAUCGCGACAGCUCGUGAAGAUCAGCAUGAAAAUGAUAACACUAAAUCUGACCAUACUAUUAUAUCUGAAGUCGUGCCAAAUAUUGAGGAACCAGUCGACGAAGAAAUCCCAGUAAUUAAAGAGCCAUCGCCAACGAAAGAAAUGUUUGAAACGAAGGAACCAGUUCUUAGACUUACUGCUUCAUACACCGGUAAGACUGAAAAAUCUUCAUCAAUUAGUUACAGUGAUAAGUCUGAUAAAUCAAGUUCAAGCUCACUGAGUAGUUUGCAGAAACAUACAAACGGUGUGCUUCGCUUUGACCAAAGGCUCAAGGGUUUCCAGACAGGCCAAAAUGGAGAUCGUUAUCAGAAAGCACCACCGAAAAGUAUGAGCUACGAAGAACAGGGCCACAGAUAUAUGAAACCAACAGUACGUUGUCAAAGUGAGGAUAGUGGUUUCAAACCUUACGUAGUGGCUCCUCAACCUGAGCUCGACAUCGACAUGCCUUCUCAACUUUACAGCCAAGAAGAAAAGCACAGUGAACGGUAUCAAAGUCAGGAAUUUUCGAAUAUAAUACGAGAAGAUGGCAAUCACUUCAUGAGGUCAGACUAUAAGCCGUUAGCCAAACAUGCUAGUUAUGAUGAUAAAACUUUAUCGAAAAACCAAAUAAAGGAAUAUAAGACCUCGGCACAAUAUCGCAGUAAGCCGAAGAGUUGGUCUUUCCAUGAACAUUACCUAGCAUCGUCUGAGUUGCCAAUGAUAUCAGUACCAGAGUUGCCUUCUAUUCACAGGGAAGUACAAGAGAAAAAGUCGGGUGAAAGAUCUGGGAAGACACCUCUUUCCCGCUGUUCGCCUUAUUAUUCUAGUAGCUUAAGUUCCGAGUCUCCUCCGAUACAGCCUCUGAAAACACCAGUCAAGAAAUCGCUUUUGGUCAGAAAUAUUUCCCUAAAAAGCCCUCCGAGUGGCAACGAUACUGAUAGCUCUUUAGAUGUCAUAAGAGAUCCCAGAGAAAGAAUGAGAACGUUCCGACGCAAGAAGCAGGUUACGAGUGCCAGGAAGAGACAGGAGAAAAUACAAGAUGUGUUGGAGGAAGAUUCGACUAAAAGUCAAUGUUCUUCGGAAAGUGACAAGUUCCACGGUGGACAGUAUUUGGCAGUCGAAGAUACACUACGGCGUAUGGAGAGUUCCGAGUGUUCUGAUAGCUAUGUGCCAGAAGUGGAAUCUGGUUCCUCAGAAGUUUCAAAAGAUUCCAAGAACUAUGAUGUACAAGAAUCUGUUAGUUAUUCUGAAGAUGAGGGCCAAGCCGAAUACGCAAAAUACAAAAGUGCCAACUAUGAGGCUCAACAGUUUCCUAUCAGUAUAACGCCAGUUCAGUUCCAAGGUUUCGGUUCUUCGGCCGAUGAGGAUGAAAUGGGUUUCCCGCGAUUUGACAGAUUGGGUCGCCUGCGUCAUCCUUACCUCGAUUCCCAGGAACCGCCUUACGUACCGGAGGAUAGCCCGCCCAGAGUUUCUUAUUCCAAUAAAAGCAGCCGUCAGUCAUCCCUGAAGAGGACCAAGUCAACCGGGUACCGUCAACCCGAAGAGUUGGGCGAACCUUCGGGUCAGCAUCAACCCCGUGUUUACUACGAUGAACAAAGCGACCGGGAUGAUUCUGACGAUUACGCUUACCCGAUCGAUACGAUAAAAAGAGCUCCGAAAAUGUCUAAAUCUGGCAGCUAUCUCUUCGAGCGUGGAGAGUCUGUAGCGUAUUCUGACUCGGAGUUGCCGCACGACAAAGACGAGUACGAGGAGUACCGCGGCAGCCCGUACCCGGAGCACUACGAGGAGGUGGACAUGUUCCAGACGCAGGAGUGCUACCCGCAGUACGAGCACGAGCUGGAGCGCCGCGAGGGCGACGAGGAGCACUACACCCGAGACCUGGACCAACGUUUCAGUUUGAACAAUGUUGAGAGGUUUUACUCUAGCCACUACGUAGACUCGCAAGCUUCCAGCGAUAGCCCGGAGCAGAAGUUCGACGUGUCGACGCUGCCGCCGCCGCUCUGCUCCGACGACGAGCACGAAUAAACGCACUGAAGCAAUCUUAGCUUGAUCGAUUAGUUUGUCGAUGUCACCCUCGUCUUGGAUGAUCGUAUGUGUGCAAGCGUCCUACUUAUGCGUUUCGAUUUUGAAUUCUAACUAACGCGUUUAAUUGUUACAUUGAUAUUAUUAGGGUACCCAUUAAAUAUUUACAUUGUCAUUUUGAAUAUUUAGAUGAAAAUUAAUAAAAAAAAUAUUUAGUGCCAAUCCCGAUAGAGCAACCCUUUGACUAAUCGUGUAUAAUGCGAACUUAUACCUACCUACUUUUAGCUUAUUAAGUAUUUAGGUGUAGUUAUGUGUACUGAUUGAAAUAUCUUAAUAUUAGCAUCUUAUUCACGAACUUCUGGUCAAUAUUAAUAUUAUAAUACGAUUUGAAUUGUCUCUAUUAAAAUGUUAUUCAUCUUCGUUUUUUACCUUGCGGCUAAGCUGAAAGGUAUGCACUAAAUAAUUAUGCAUUUAUUAUAAAAAAUAAAUUAUGUUAGUUGAAUUUAUAUUAACAUAAAUAUAUUAUGUAUACGGCUGUGAGUUAAUUUGUGUGGUGGGAUCCUAGAUCAAAGUCUUAUCAAUGAGUAUUAUUGAUUUAUUGCUUUAGUCGACUUUCUAAAUUCGAGUCAGUAAUAAACUUAUUCGCAUAAAGUGGAAUAUGCCACUAUUACUAAACAGGUUAAAUAAAUAUUUUUUCGACCAUAUCGACAGUGUCAAAAGCACCCUUGUUGCUCUACAUGCAAAAAUUGAUCUGUGAUUCUAGUUAGAAAUUACUGUCUCGAAUCAGAAAUCCGAUGAAAAUUAGUAAUGGCAGGUCAGUUAUUUUAAGACGCACAAAAUUCUUAAUUUUUGUUAAAACAUCGGAGGGUAACAAUAUUUAAGAAAAAUAUGAAACAAUAUGAAAACAACUAUGUAUAAAUUGGAAUACUUUAGAAAAGGUCGCUAGACUUGCAAUAACACAUUCCCUUACGAUUAUACCGCUUGGAAAUUAAUUUAAUCAUCAAUUAGACUAACGAAAACAUAAUGGGAUCUGCAAUCGUGCCAAAUAUGCUCAAUUUUUUCCACCUUUAUUAUUAUGAUAAUUUUUAAAGGGUUUUAACAUAUUUUUGUCUUACAAUAAGGUAAUGGUAAUCGGAACUAUGAACAUUUCAUGUUGUGCGAGUGCGUAGUGUAAAUUGCCAGUCAUCGAAAUGAACGAUUGGGUGUGGAUUGUUUGUCGUUUCUUGAUCUCUUAAUUUAAGCUUCUUUAUUUAUAAUGGAAUAAAUUACACAAUAUUACUUGCCUUUUUAGAUUUGUUAAACUGAGCGAGUGUGCGGAUGAUGGAUUUAUCAAAUAGUUUAUUUUAUUGAUAAGCAAAAUGUUGCGUACUUUGAGCGAAGCAUCGAUUGGUUAAAUUUGGCUUAAAAGUAACGAAAAAUUAGACGAAAUUCUAGCUUAGAAGCUUAUUUGUUUAAGCAAAUAGAUGUGACAUCAGUUUGGAAACAAGUAACUUAAAAAACUUCGGUUUUUAUUUAGAAGGGUGACACUAGUAAAAUUACUAUUGAUGUAUGCUGUUUUACUUUACAUGGCUUCUGAUUUACUAGUUAUUUCAGGCCACUUUUUGAAUAAAUUAUGGUUAUGGCAAUGCAACCACCAAAGCAUGCUAUUGUUGAUGCCUGCAGGGCUACUACGAAACGCUGUUUAUGUAGUUUCGAGUCUAUCUGACACCGUCGCUCACACUGGCAUCUCGCUUUGCGUGAGAGGGAUGGCAACACUCGAAACUUCUGAUAACGUUUUUCGGAGUAACCCCGCAGCUUCUCAAAAACAUAAGUAAUGUUCCCAACGCGUUAUAGUGCCAAAGCUCUACACGACCGAGAUCCUCUCCAAUUGCUUCUCAUCCUCACCCUAAAUCAUUAAGUAUACAAACCUAGAUAGACCUUGCGAUGAAACUGCCAUUGUAGCUAUGUAAUUCGGUUACUAAAACUGUUUCCUAAAAUAUUCUAGUUAGUCAUAUACCUAAUAAUAUAAUCCACCUCUUAGUUCGGACUUAAGAAGUAAAUCAAUGGGUAAUGUUAGUAUAUCGAUAAGUAAUCUAAACUUGCUGCUCCUAAUUCACAAUAAAUCAGCAAUAUGUAAAUGUAUAAAAUAUUAGUUAAUCGCCCCUGAUUUAUUAUUUCGCAGAUAAAAGCUUGUCGCGACAUCAAUUUUCAUUUAUUUCAGCGAACUCAUAAAAUAAUGUAUACAAGAUGGUCCAUAAGGUGACCCGUCAUUAUUUUUGCUACAAUAAUUUGCCAAUUUCAUUAUCCAAAUGUUUUAUUUCUAUUUCAAUUACCAAGGCAUUCAUUUCGACAUAAAAUACCAGCAAUUUUCGGUACUAGUUCGAAUUGGGUGUUGAAUUGAUAGACGUGACUUAAACAUGAGUAUUGUAGUAAAAUAGCAUAAAUCAGAUAUAUGAAUGUAAUAUCUAGUUGAUUUAGAAUCGUAAAUGAUCAAUUUAUUCAAUUGGCUGUAGACAAUUUAGACGAAUGCAAUGUCGGUAUAGUUUUAAAACGGAGUAUUCUUUUCAUCUUAUACAGGGUUAGUUAUAAAUUAAAGAUGAAAAAUAUUAUAAUUUGUUAGUCACCAUUACCGACAAAGUGUUGUUUUAUGUUGAUUAUUAUGUAGUAGUUAAUUUAAACUUAUUUUAUUGAAAACGGUGUUUGAAGUUUAUUGAAAGAAUUUAUCCCUCUGAGUGCUUAACGUCAGCGUAUGCUGCUAAAAGACAAUGCCGGAAAUUGGCGUC